AUGGACGCCAGUGCCCCAAGCACCCUCGAAGCCAGUCUAGCCGGCAGCAUCACAACUGCCAGUGGCUCUGACAUACCGCAGAUGGUGCCUGCCUCCGGCCUCUCUAGCGAAGGUCGCCGCAAGACUGCUGGGUACUAUUGGACGAUACGCAAACUCAACAGAAGCGCGCCGGGAGAGGUCAUCAAUGCCCAACCACGCGUUGACGCGGAGGGUCAGAAUGCUGUCCUUGCAAGCGUGUGGAAGCGCUUCAACCUUGUCAACCGCCAGGCUGGGGAAAUUCAAGUUCUGCACCCACCUAUCGAGCAGAUUCCCAUCCGCUUUGAGUGGACCAAAGAUCCCAAUGCUAGGAGAGCUUCGCGUUCAAGCAGGCGUUCGAGCCGCGUCAUUGGUCACGGGCGCGCUGCUACGGACGCUGUUUCGCCGGCGCCGAGAGCGAUCGCAGCCAGACGUGGGAGCUUCGACAUCGAGACCGCUGUCAGCGGAAACAGCGAUCGAAGCGGGGGGGCGCAGCCUCUAUCCGAAAGGCUCGUCAGUGCCAGUGGAGCUGUGGCCCCUGCUGGCAGCAAUCUUCAACCACCAAGCAACGCAGGCUCUAGGCCUGGCUCCAUCCACAGCGCAAGAAGGUCGAUGGAAAGCAGCGCUUUGGACGACACGACCAGCUCGCAUGGGGAUACCGAAGAGGACGAUGGCUAUGGAUCGGACCCAGAAGACAGCGAGACUGCUUGGUCGUGCCAUCUCGUGCUAGGGCCAGAGACGCGCAUUCCCAUCGGUUCUUUGGCGCCUGCACCACAUCACCCAAAGAUCGUCGGCCAGCUAGCCAUUCCUUUUCCCUUGCCCGACCUCAGCGCUUCGGGCUUGUGCGCAGACGGUGCUGGCUUGUCUCGUGAAGAGCUUAAGGACAUCGUCUGCACCACUUGCUUCUUCUUGACCAUUCGUGAAGGAUGGGGAGGCAUUGGCAAUCGGAAGCGCAAGGGCGACAGCGGACUGAGAAUGGCCGCUGCACAGCACAUGCGUCCGAUUUAG